GGUUUAAAAACGAUCAUCAACGCAUUGUUACAUUCCUUCAAACAACUAGCGGAGGUAAUGACGUUAACAAUUUUUUGCCUUAUGGUGUUCGCCCUAUUCGCGCUUCAAGUUUACAUGGGCGAACUACGAAAUAAAUGUGUUCUGAAAAUGGAUGAUCACAACGCAUCGUACGAAAAUUGGUUUAACUGGACGAAUAAUCCGGAUAAUUGGUUGAUAAAGAAUGAAACUGGCGAGCCUCUACUCUGCGGAAAUGUAACGGGGGCGCGUCACUGCCCCAUUACGCAUACAUGUUUGUGUGUCGGCGAAAAUCCCAAUCACGGUUACACAAGUUUUGAUAACUUUUUGUGGUCGAUGCUCACAACGUUUCAGCUCAUUACGUUAGAUUAUUGGGAAAAUGUAUAUAAUAUGGUUCUAUCAUCGUGUGGACCCAUAAGCGUGUCGUUUUUUACGGUAGUAGUCUUUUUCGGUUCUUUUUAUCUAAUCAAUUUGAUGCUGGCUGUGGUAGCUCUUAGUUACGAAGAAGAAGCGGAAAUUACUCAAGAGGAACGAAAAAAGGAUCUCGUGGAUCACCGUGAAGACUCCACGUUUAGUUUCGAUCCUUCGCAUAUUAACGUAAAAAAAUUAUCUAAGCACAAGUUGAAAAAAAUCGACGCACGAAAGGGUGUUUUAUUAGCUUCAUAUUCACGAAAGAAGACUCGGCGAAGAAAACGGCCGAAAACUAACAGUAAUGGAGGGGGCGGCGGCGGUAAUAAUAGCGGGUCUAUAUGUUCUCCAAAGCAAGAGGAAUCGAAUUCUCCAACUCCAACAAAGCAACGUAGGUCGGUUACCCCAAGUCCUAGUCCCAGUCCUCAUCAUAAUCGUGGUUCGCCGACAACUCAAGCACUCUCAUUAGCUCUUCCAGUCAAACACGUACAACUUUCAGAAACAAAGUGUCCCGAAACACUUUACCCUUCCAAUAGGCUCGCAGCUCCAUUACGGCCCGGUUUACAUAGUCGACAAACAAGUAGUAAUAGCGAGGGUAAUAAUCGUGAAUCUUCAUUUGAUGAUUCGGGGGUGGUGGACGAUCACGAAGAAGCAGAUGCUACCUCUGAAGAUGCCGCAACUCACACUCCAAACGUUAUAAGACACCAAAAAAUAGAUGUUACUCCAGUUACGUUAACUUUGAGUCCUAAACAAAUUAAAGUAAUUAAGUGUAAUGGGGUUGGAACCUGUAAGAAAAAGAAUCAUAACGUGUAUAGUUUACCUGCAGAUUAUCUAUCCCACAUCGUUGUUAUAGAUGAUAUACCUGAUCGCAAUUGUUCGUGCUGUGAACAAUGCUGCAUAAAUUAUACAAGUUGGCUUCAAUUUCAGCAGGGGCUUUAUCAAAUUGUACGAGAUCCUUUGUUCGAACUUUUUAUUACCGUAUGCAUUGUACUUAAUACAAUGUUCUUAGCAUUAGAACAUCACGGUAUGAGCGAAUCCGUGCACAGAGCGCUCGAUGUCGGAAACAAAGUAUUUACUUCCAUUUUCACCUUAGAAUGUACAAUGAAACUGAUGGCGCUCAGCAAGGACUUUUUUAAGAAUGGAUGGAAUAUUUUCGAUCUAAUUAUAGUAUCCGCAAGUGUCCUAGAUUUAAUUUUCGAGCUUGUCGACGGGCUGUCGGUGCUUCGAGGCUUGCGAUUGUUGCGCGUUCUUAAAUUAGCGCAAUCGUGGAUAACUAUGAAAGUUUUAUUAAGUAUUAUCAUUAGUACAAUCGGUGCUUUAGGAAACCUAACUUUCGUUUUAGUAAUUGUUAUAUACAUAUUUGCUGUGAUAGGAAUGCAACUUUUUUCGAAGGAUUAUACGCCUGAAAAAUUUUAUCCGGAUCCCGUUCCGAGGUGGAACUUUACCGAUUUUUUCCAUUCGUUUAUGAUGAUUUUUCGGAUAUUGUGCGGCGAGUGGAUCGAGCCUCUUUGGGACUGCAUGCGAGCAGAAACGACAGAAGGCCCGGGCACUUGCUUCGCAGUAUUUCUACCAACGCUCGUUAUGGGAAAUUUUAUGGUGCUUAAUUUGUUCUUGGCGUUGCUGCUCAAUAGUUUUAAUUCGGAAGAGCUCAAAAGUCGUAAAGAGGCAUUCCCGAAUCACGAAAGCCGUAUCCCAGCAUACCGAUGGAUGAGGAAAAAGAUGAGCGAUUAA